CAGCUGAAUCUCUUCAUCCCUUGCCUGCCUUCCCCCCCUUCGCCCUUUUCCACCAAUUUGGAUUGGACUCGGAAUCGGAAUCUCUACAGAGUGCAUACCGGUAAUGGGCUCUACGGUCGAGGACGAGCGAUCCCGCCUUGAAGUUGGCCUCCUGCAGGAUGGAGAUGACAAGCUCUACACUGGGGAUGGUUCUGUUGAUCUCCAUGGGAACCCGGUUUUGAAGAGCAAUACUGGGAAAUGGAGAGCUUGCCCCUUCAUCCUAAGCACUGAGUGCUGCGAGCGUUUGGCCUACUAUGGGAUCGCUACGAAUCUUGUCAGUUAUCUCACCCACAAACUGCACGAGGGAAAUGUUGCCGCAGCUAGAAAUGUUACGACUUGGCAAGGGACUUGCUAUCUUACUCCUCUCAUUGGAGCAGUGUUGGCUGAUGCUUAUUGGGGAAGAUAUUGGACAAUUGCCACCUUCUCCACCAUUUACUUCAUCGGAAUGUGUACUCUGACUCUCUCUGCAUCGGUCCCUGCACUGAGGCCUGUAGAUUGUGUCGGCUCCUUAUGCCCUCCCGCUACGUCUGCACAAUAUUCAGUAUUCUUCUUUGGGCUCUAUCUGAUUGCUCUUGGCACGGGAGGGAUCAAGCCCUGUGUGUCAUCAUUUGGGGCAGACCAAUUUGAUGAUACAGAUCCUCGAGAAAGAAUGAAGAAGGGUUCCUUCUUCAAUUGGUUCUAUUUCUCCAUUAACAUCGGCGCUCUCAUCUCUAGUAGUUUGUUGGUGUGGGUUCAGGAUAACGCAGGAUGGGGAUUAGGGUUCGGUAUCCCUGCAUUGUUUAUGGGUCUAGCUAUUGGGAGUUUCUUCUCAGGCACUCCCAUUUAUAGAUUCCAAAAGCCAGGAGGGAGCCCCAUUACGAGGGUAUGUCAGGUUGUGGUUGCAUCAUUUAGGAAGUGGAAUGUGAAGUUGCCUGAAGACAGUAGUCUUUUGUUUGAGGUCGGAGAGAACGGCUCCGCUAUUGAAGGGAGUCGGAAAUUGGAGCACACGGACGAACUCAAGUGCCUUGAUAAAGCUGCGGUUCUCUCUGAAGCAGAAAUCAAGAGUGGAGACUACUACAACCCAUGGAGGCUUUGCACUGUAACCCAGGUGGAAGAACUGAAGAUCUUGAUUCGAAUGUUCCCGAUCUGGGCCACUGGAAUUGCAUUCUCUGCAGUUUAUGCACAGAUGUCCACCAUGUUCGUUGAGCAGGGUAUGAUGAUGGAUACGACGAUUGGGUCCUUCACUAUUCCACCAGCCUCCCUCUCCUCAUUCGACGUGAUCAGCGUGAUCUUCUGGGUCCCAGUUUAUGACCGGGUCAUUGUGCCAAUCGCCAGGCGGUUCACUGGUAAAGAAAGAGGGUUCUCUGAGCUUCAGCGGAUGGGCAUCGGCCUCUUCAUCUCGGUCCUGUGCAUGUCUGCUGCCGCAAUCGUGGAGAUUGUGCGACUUCGGAUGGCACACGAUCUCGGACUGGACGACAAGGAGGUGGCUGUCCCGCUCAGCAUACUUUGGCAGAUUCCACAAUAUUUCCUCCUUGGUGCUGCUGAGGUCUGCACCUUUGUCGGGCAGCUUGAGUUCUUCUACGACCAGUCGCCGGAUGCCAUGCGGAGCUUCUGCAGCGCCUUCUCUCUCCUUACAACUGCACUUGGGAACUACUUAAGCUCGUUCAUUCUGACCCUUGUGACCUACUUUACAACCCGAGGAGGGAGUGCAGGGUGGAUCCCCGAUAACUUGAACGAGGGUCACCUCGACUGCUUCUUCUGGCUUCUUGCUGGCCUCAGCUUCAUGAACAUGCUGGUCUACAUUGUGUGCGCAAAGAAGUACAAGCAGAAGAAGGCCUCGUGAUUCAAUCCAUCGUGGAAAGAAUGGGUGUCUUCAGCAAGCCUUCCUUUGAAAGGCCUGCUUCUUCUUAUAAUGUGUAUAUAGUUUAGCGUUCCAUGUUGGAUGUGAAAAGAACAUCUGAAUGGCUUCAGAUUCAAUUGCUUUCACUUCCCUUGUAAAAUUAAACAUCACGAUAGCAAUGCUCGAACAAUUGAAGCUGCUGCUUGAAAAUUCACGAUGAAACUGAAAAGUCAUGGAAGAUUUGUGGGUUCGACGAGA